AUGGACUGGAUACCUCUCGCGCUGUUUCCCGUAUUCGUGUUCGGCAUUUGGCUGUUUACAUCGCAAAUAACCCGCAGCUUUCCACCAGUCCAGGGCAAGCGCAUCGUGCUGCUUAUCGCCCAUCCUGAUGACGAGGCCAUGUUCUUUGCUCCCACCGUGCAGGAAUUGACCCGUCCAGAGCUUGGGAACCAUCUCAAGAUUCUAUGCCUUAGCACGGGCAAUGCCGACGGGCUUGGGGAGACACGAAAGAAGGAGCUGGCCAAGAGCGGAUUACUGCUCGGUCUGAGAGGCGCAGACGACAUCCUGUGCAUCGAUGACCCCAACUUUCCAGAUUCAAUGACCACCACCUGGCACCCUAGACUCAUCUCAAAUCUGCUUACCGGACUGUUUGCACCAAAAAUGGCGUCUAUACCCCCAAACAAGAAACCAGAGACCACUGUCGAUAUCAUCAUCACAUUUGACAAAGGCGGAGUGUCAUCUCACCCGAAUCACAUCUCGUUAUACAACGGCGCGCAGUCUUUCCUCAAGGGCCUUAUGCACCGACAUGCUGGCUGGGAUUGCCCCAUCAAGCUUUACACACUGACAUCGAUCAGUAUCUUCCGCAAGUACUUGAGCAUCCUCGACGCCCCUACUACAAUGUUCUGGGCACUCUUCACGCGGAAAGACAAGUCCGACUCUCCAAGUCCACUCAUAUACUGCAGCGGCCUUCAGGCGUAUGUAAACGCGAGGAAAGCCAUGACUGUUGCACAUAAAAGCCAGAUGGUCUGGUUCAGAUGGGGCUGGAUUUCUGCCGGACGGUACAUGGUCUUGAAUGAUCUCCGAAAGGCAAGAGUGGUAUGA